AUGGGAGGGAAAAAAACCAAAGGAAAAACGGACACAUUUGGUCUUCUUCGCUCCUUCUUCUUUCUAGGGUUGCCUGGUCAGGCUGUCAGGCCAAAUCUUCCGUCGGAAUCUUCGAAGCAAUGUCCAAGGAAAACAUUCAGGCGUACGGAGGAGGCUUUCCACAAGGCUAUAGAUUCAAUAGCCGCCGCAGUCCGCCGUGACCUUGCUCUGUUCCGCCAUCACUUGACUCUUGGUGUCGGGGAAGUUUCCGAUCCUACCCCAACGAUUCAAUCAAUCAAUCUCGAUCAUCCCGGACUUCAAGGAGACGACAAUCCACCGAGAAUUCCAUCGCCAAUUGAAGUCCAUUCCGUUCCGCCGUUACUCUCAUCUUCACCGUUGUUGCAAGCACUGGCAACUCCGCCCGUGAAGCCACACUCGAACAACUCUGAUGCAGCUACAAUUUUGCUUCCGGGAUCGAAGACGAUGACCUCUGCUCCGCGGCUACUCCAUAAGCACUCGUUCUCUGAUACUACGAAAAAUGGACCUGAGGAUUUUUGUGCAUGGAACCUGUUUGAUGAAAUUCCAGACUCAAGUGGCUAUGUUGUUCUCAAUCGUGACAUGUGCUACUGCAAUGGCAUUCGGGAUAAGGGUGGAGGCUCCAAAAUUAGGCCACUGGAAGAUUGUCGAAUGAGACUGGGAGAGAAGAUUACACAGUCGGUUUACGAUGACAACAUUGGAUAUUUCAUCAAGAAGAAACUUCAUGUUUGGUAUCAGCUACCUAGUGGGCUAUGGGAGUUAGGAAUGGUACGUGGACAUGAGGUAUUGCUUUUGUAUGGUGUAAUUGCAUGCUAUACUGGUCAUAAUGCGAUUGUAUAUCAUGUUUUUUUGAAUGCUAAGUAUGGCUGGGUUAAUUGGUACCUUGUGGGUAAAUUUGUGAAGAAGAAUUUCUAUGCAUUGCAUCUAUUUGAUGAAAUGUCUAAGAGGCAUAAUAUGGAGAAUAUGUCAUUGAGUAGCAACCUGGAAGCUUUGGAUAUUGUUGUACUUGUUUGUCGUUCUUUGCCUAAAGAUCUUGCAGCUAGUUUGACUGAGGAGAAUGGGACUUUGGGUUAUAUCAAUGCUAUCAAGCAGUUCCUCUGCUUAUCACUGUUACACAGAUGUGCAUUAACAGUCAUGGCCAUUUCCCAGCUUGACUAUUCUAUUCUCACCAGCUUGUUAUCGAAAUUGAAUCCGGAAUUAUGUAAUAGUGUUGAUGUACACCUCGAUACUGUUUUCUUUCCUAAUUGCGUAGCGAAUGACCAGAUUUUCCAGCAACCGGGUUGGUGUCACACUCUCACUAAUCCUUGUGACAAUAUAUCUUCUCAAAGGGUUGUCUUCAAUCAGAGGAAUUAUACAAUAUGGUUGAUGGAGAGGCCCUGCAUUCUCAUCUCUUUCAAGGAGGAUGGAACAACUACUACUUCAAUCUUAUUUUUCUUGGUUUAUGGAAUGCAUUUCAAGGAGCAAUGGAAAUCUCGGACAACACCAUAUAUGACUGUACCUGAGCAACAUUGUGUAAGUCAUUAUGUUUUCUCUUAUGUGAUUGGUAAAAGAUGGAUGUUGGUAGAGCUGGAGUUGCAUCAUAAGAAAACCGGCAGACGUAUUCAGAUGCUCACUUUUGGUAGUGAAGAGGUAAUAGUAUUCAGGCCAAAUCUAAGAUUUGAUGGUGCUAGUGUUUAUGCAUGGUUGUACGAUUAUGGACGUAUCUGCAAAGUCAGUCAUCAGCUUAAAGUAAUUUUGUUAGACAAUAUGGUACACAUCAAUGUAUUGGUUGCUGCUGGUGUUAUUUCAUUUGGUUGCUGUUGGUGUUAUUUCUUUGCCUGUUCUUCAGAAAGGAUGUCCAACAUAUUUGUCUUUGCAUGGUUUUUGCAUGUUUGUCUUACCGUGAGUGUAAGUUGGCAAAAUGAGUUGUUUAAAUUUUUGGAACUUGAUACUAUUGAGCCAUCAUAUGAAUUCAAAUGCCAAUUGUACACCUUAACAGAGGUGAUGAAGGACAUGGUUGAAGCUUUGGGUUUGCUCAGGUCCUUUAAAUCUUCCAUGCAUAAUAUCGGUGUUGCUAAUGACAGUUUAAAGUACAGUGAUUUCAAUGAUUCAGAAAGAAUUGCAAGUUUCAAUAUCCAAUAUAGACUGCUCCCAUCCAUCAGCUUAUUUCAGGAGUUUUUUGACAAUCCGACAUUAGGUGGUCCUAGUUUCACUGAAAAAAACUAUGAAAUGUGCCUCCAUGAGGGGAAGAUGACUGAGAAAGACAUCACUCCCAUGGGUGGCUUCCCUCGGUUUGGUGUGAUGAAGGAUGGCUACAUUCGGAGCAAGGAAUGGUGUGUUGGACCUAAGAAGAGGAUAGUUAAUCUUAGGCAGUCUCUUAUCAAUCAGACCGCUCGUCUUGCUUUUGAGGAUAUCAGGCUCAUAACCAUCUCUAAGGUUAUAAUUCUUGGCAAGGGUCCAAUUGCUUUAGUAGCUGCAUUCGUUGAGAAUGAUCCUCUGGCAGGUUCCCUGGGAGUUGGCCCAUUUUCUCCAUUUGAUGCUGCAUGCUUUUUGGCAACUAGCAUGGAAGUUGAAAUGAUAUCGUGGGUUGAAAUUUAUGAAGAGGCUACGGGUAACAAGUGCUCACUUACCAAGUUGUGGGGAGCUGCCAUAACAAGUACAGGGGUGCUGUCAGGCUCAUCUCCAAAAGUUGAGAGCUACAUGCAGAUUGUAUUUGCAGUCCCUGCAGCUUCCCUUCUGUUGCAAGACUCCUAGUUUCUACUCGUUCAAAUAAGUUUUUCAACUUUCAACCUUGAGGACAAGGUUGUUCUUCAAGGGGGAAGUAUUGUUAUGACCCAAAUUAUUACUGAGGUUUUAUGCUUUAAUUGAUUUGUUAAGAAUUGUUAAAUAUGCCAGCUGGCAUUUUAAGAAGUAGAGUUUGUAUAAAAGGAGUCCAGCUCCCUCAAAUGUAGCAGAUCAGAUUUUACAAACAGAAAUACAAAACCAAAAAAAUAUAUUGGAGCCCUGCUCCCUUCUACUUCGUCUUCUCCAUUUGUCAUUUCUAUUGCUGCUUGUAGGUUGAAUAGGGUCCUGAGAUCUGUGAUCCUAUCAAAAGAAACCGCAUCUCUGGGAAUUUCAGAGCCGCCAAGGCCCUCAUUGAUCGCAAACGCCCCCGCAACGACGCCGUUUUGACUGAUCAUCACCUCCCUCAUACCAAAAUUUGUGGCGGAAAUGGAAUCCAAACGCCAGCUCAGCUCAAUAGAGUUCACAGAACUCCUCUUGCCGAGCUACCGAUGAACACACCGCCUCCGAUUUCUACAAGCCGGACUGAAUAUGGCAGUGCGUCGUGUUCCGGGAGCUUAAGCGCUAGCCGGACUGAAUCAAGCGUGUCAAAAUCGGAUUCUUUCACAAUUCCAAUCAAACAACCGCAGUUUCCGACUUCAUUCGAUUCUUUCUCUGCGUCUGGAAUUCUCGAGGAUGAUGAUUUCGAUGAGAGUAUUUUGCAGGAAAUUGACGCUUUAAUUGAGCAGAAACCGAGUGGGGACAUUCAGCGUGAUGAUAUUGGGAGUUGUGGUAGCGAUGUUAAUGCCGCAUCAGCGCCACCUCUGAGUAGUGAAAACCAAACAGAUUCUGUUAACCAUGGAUUGCCUAACAUGCCGGAUGAGUAUUCGAAGUAUUUGCUUUCUCUCAACGAAAGGCAGCGGGAGGCAGCUUGCAGCGAUAUUUCAGUACCUUUGAUGAUUGUUGCCGGCCCUGGAAGUGGAAAGACUUCAACGAUGGUUGGGCGGGUUCUAAUGCUGCUCAAUGAGGGCAUGAGCGCGUCUAACAUUCUAGCAAUGACUUUCACUACAGCAGCAGCUUCCGAGAUGAGAGAUCGAAUUGGAUCUGUGACUGGGAAAGGAACGGCAAAACUACUAACAAUCAGUACAUUUCAUUCAUUUUCAUUGCAACUUUGCCGAUCACAUGCUGAGAAACUUGAGCGCACACCAGAAUUUUUUAUAUAUGGACAUGGGCAACAGAGAAGAGCAGUCAUUGAAGCUGUGCGGUUAUCAGAAGAUGAAAAGAGUAAAACGAAUCUUAAUGUUGCUAUAGAUGGGGAAGAGUAAUGGCGUAACAUCUCCACAUCAUUUUAAGGAUCCAUCAAAGAAAUGGCUAAAGUUCGUGACACAGGGUGAAAUUCUUAGGAAUCGUGCAACGCUUUGGACUACCAUGACUUAAUUAGCUGCUAAGUGAUUUUCCUGAAGUGUCGGAGGAGUGCCAGGAGUCAUGGAAAGCUAUUGUAAUAGACGAGUUUCAAGACACAAGUGCUAUGCAGUAUAGUCUUUUGCGGAUUCUCGCCUCUCAUAACCACAUAACCAUUGUUGGUGAUGAUGAUCAGGCAUGUUGUUGAUUUAUUAUGGAAAUCCAAUCUUAUUGCUCCCUCUCUCCCUCUCUCUCUCUCUCAGCUCAUUCUAAUCCAGCCCUUAUCUGUUCUAAAUCAAAUAACAUAUAUCCUGCUGCAGUCCAUUUUCAGUUUCAACGGGGCGGACAGUUCUGGAUUUGAUUCUUUUUGUAAAGAUUUUUCAAAUUACAAAGAGAUUAGGCUUAAUAAAAACUAUCGGUCCACACGCUAUAUUGUGGAAGCUGCAUCUUCUGUUAUAAAAAACAAUAAGAAGUGAUGCCAACUAAAGAAUGUUGACACCGACAAUUCUUCUGGGUCUAAUGUAAUUAUCAAGGAAAGUCACAAUGAGGAUGCAUAAUGCGCCUUUGUUGUCGACAAGAUCCUGGAGACUGCAUCUAACUGUCAGAAGCAGGGUGCUCCUAUGGAAAUAUAGCAAUCCUUUACCGGAGGCAGGUAUCAGGAAAAGUCUUCCAGACAGCCUUGCGUGAAACGAAAAUACCAUUUAAUGUUCAUGGAGUGGCAGUUUAUAGGAAGAAGGUAGUUAGAGCCAUUGUUGCUAUGAUUAAAAUGACUUUGCCUGGUUGUGAUGAUGGAUCAUAUAGGCAAGUCUUCAAGGGUCUACUUCCUUUUGAGAAAGAGGAAAAGAAGAAGGUGAUCGAUUAUAUUGACAAAAUCUCAACUCACAGAAAAUGCAGCUUCAUAUCAGCCGCUUGUGACAUCUUUAGUGCAAAAAUUUCUGGUACCUUGAAGAGGACUCAGCUUACCCAAGGACGCAAGGUGCUGUUAACACUAGAGAUGAUUUCAAAACUUGUUCUCAGGAAGUACCUUCUUGAGCAACGUGCAGUUGUUGAUGUAGAUGGAGGAAAACUGCUGAAUGAAGACAGUGACGUGGGAUCUGUAAGAGCCUCAACGAUUUCAUCUCCCUCUUUGGAAGAAUGUCCCAACAGCUUCGACUGGCUCCAGCCCUUUUUAAAUCUUUCAGUUUAAUUUAUGUUGUACUGGAAAAAAGCACAUUUUGAGUGUUCAUGGGCAGUCGGCACCAAAAAACCAGGACCACCUCUGGUGAUCUAAUGUCCUAGUGGAUAGGUGUUAGGUUUCUACCCGUGUCUCGAGUUCAAAAGUCCAUCUUCCAUAAUUCAAUAGUUUCGAACUCUCUCCUUAAUAAUAGAAAUUUUCUUUUUAACAA